AUGGAUGAUUCCACCACCAGAUUCACCACCGGCGAAGACGAGACUGCAAACCAACAAGAACGGCUGCUUCCUAUUGCCAACGUUGGCAGGAUCAUGAAGCAGAUACUCCCACAAAACGCCAAGAUCUCCAAAGAGGCCAAAGAAACUAUGCAAGAGUGUGCUUCUGAGUUCAUCAGCUUCGUCACCGGAGAAGCUUCCGAGAAAUGCAAAAAGGAGCGACGGAAAACAGUGAAUGGUGAUGAUGUGUGCUGGGCUAUGGGCACACUAGGGUUCGAUGACUAUGCUCCACCAUUGAAGAGGUAUUUAGAUAGAUAUAGAGAGGUUGAAGACGAUCGGUUGGCGACACCCCAGAGGAACGAAGAGGAGGGCCAACCGUCUUCAUCGGCAGCCGAGUUCAGUUCGAUCCCAAAGCCCUUUUAA